AUGUUUGUCACGUCGGGCCAUAAGACCUACGACGGCUGGAGCCUGAAAGCCUGGCAUACGGGCGCCGCACAGGCCGAUCCUGACUUCGUACAUAAUCGUGGCGACAGCGCCUGCCUCAGCAGUAGCAAACUGAUACUCGACAUAGGCUAUCCUGGGGCACUGCUCGCCGAUCCACAGGAUAUAAAUUACGGCAGGUGGGAGUCUGUUUACAUUAGCGCCAGGCAAGGGCCCCAGGGAGAAGGAUGGGCGUGGAAGCUUAAUAGCAACGAGGAGUUGGUGAUUGAUAGUCCAUUCUAG